AUGGCGGACACAAAGCCGCACGAGGUCGUCAUUUUGGGCGGCAAUUUCGGCGGCGUUGGAGCAGCGCACUAUUUGCUGAAAUACACAAUACCCAGUCUUCAUCGGCUUGACAAGACCAAAGGCUUCCAUAUCACCCUCGUGGCGCCGAACAGCGACGUCUACUUCAAAGUAGCAAGCCCGCGAGCCCUGAUCCAGCCCAAGCUUCUGGAGGAAAGCAAAUUAUGGCGACCGCUGUCCGAAGCCUUCAAACAAUAUCCAGCGGGCCAAAUUGACUGUGUCCAAGCAAUCGCCACCUCUUUGGAUGCUGCAAAACGUAGCGUCAGCAUCAAGGCGUCCGGAGCGCAUGAGACUGAAGGUGAACGAAUUAUCCCUUACGACACUCUCAUCAUUGCCACCGGCACAACCUCCGCAUCGCCAAUCUGGACGUUGCAAAGCAAGCAAUCUCUGACCUCUGAGUCUUUCAGAUCGGUACAGGAUGUCUUGCCGAAAGCCAAAACGGUGAUCGUGGCUGGGGGAGGGGCAGUCGGGGUUGAGACGGCCGGCGAAAUAGCUUCUGCCUACCCGUCAGCUGAAAUCACUCUGUUCUCGGGUGGGAAGACUUUGCUCCAACGUGUGAAACCCGAAGUAGGAGCGCGGGCUCAGGAGUACCUCCAAACCAAACUGAACGUCAAAGUUGUCCAUGGCGUCAAAGUUCUCAGCGCCACGCCAAGUAAUGAAAGCCCGGGAACUACGGUCUCGCUCAGUGAUGGAAAGUCGCUUACGGUAGACCUGUACAUUGACGCCACCGGCGGCGUUCCCAACUCACAGUUCUUGCCCGCGGAGUGGCUUGAUAGCACAAAGCGCAUCAUCACGCGGGACGCCUAUUUCCGCGUCAAAGGCAACGACGCCAAGAACGCAGAUGGUGUUUAUGUCCUGGGUGACAUAGUGGCUGGAAGCAAUAACACGAUAUUCGAACUGGACGCUAUGGUACCGACGGUAUGUUCCUCGGUUGGUGUGGAUAUCGCAGCGCAGCUGAAGCCGGGGGAGUCAAUGCCAAAGCCAGGUUUUCUCAGGUCUUUAACCGGCGGCAGCUCUUCUAUACCUACCCAGAAGGAGUUCAAGCCGAUGAAAGAUUCCAUUCUCGUUCCAAUUGGGCCUGGGGGCGGUGUUGGUCUAUUGAUGGGGUGGCAAGCACCCAGUUGGCUCGUCAAAAUGGCCAAGUCGAAAUCGUUUCUGAUCGAGUUAUUCGAUCCUAUGAUUAGCGGAAACAAGUGGAAGGCAUGA